CGUGUGACCUGGUCAUAAAAGGCUGUAAGGUUUGCCAGGCAGGAUCUGCCUGUGACGAACCUGUGCCGGUUUCCCUUCAGCAUCAUUUUCCCUGCUGGGCCUUCACAAAUGCGCUCCUUGAUGACUUGUUCCAGUCUUUUCCCAGGAAUAGAGGUAAUGUGGAAGCACAGUUCUGUAUUGAAGGGGGGUCAGCAGAUGCAGUCUUGGCUUGCUCUUAUGGGAAAAUGCUCCCUUGUGCCAAUUCACCAAAGGGACCAGGCAUCUGACAUUCAGCCCUUAGCUGAUACUACAGAGAUGAAAACUUCCCUGCAGGCGCAGGUCCAAGACCUGCCGUCUACAUGCUGUUGUCCUCAUAGACGGUGGUGGGAUCAGACCAGCCUGUCGACAUCCAAAUGCAGGGAAGGAGGCAGCCUAAGCAGGAGAAAGUCAGGGACCAAUAACUGGCUUGUAGGUGCCAGGGAUGAGCUGCAGGGGCUGCUGUGGAGGUGCUGGGGAGCUGCUGCUCUGCAGGCUCAGUGGGAGUCUCCUGUGCUCAGCAGAACUGAAGAUCCCUGCAUUUCUGUAGACCAUCUUACCUCCAGCUCCCAAGCCCUUGCUUCCACCCCUCACAACUGACUGUGCUCAUGGCAGCCCAGAUCAUUUUUGUAAGGGAAAACCUCAUGGGCUGGAUCCCAGAGCUGCACCGUUCAGACAAGCUGAGGAUCAAGCCCAGCCUCAAGAAAUGAUGUCUAACCAUUGGCUGUAGGGGCCAGCCUGCAGACUCCCACAGGGACCAAUGGUCCCAGGCACUGGCACAUGGGAAAGCAGGGGAAAAAUGGGCCUAGGGUCAAAGGCUGUCCUGGAGAAAGGAGGAGCUGGACAAGGCCCAUGUGUUCAUGAUGUCAGACGGGCACUAAACCAUGCAGAAUCACUGGUUGCCCAAGAGACCCGGAUCCAUGCCUUCCAUCCUCCAAGUCCUGUUCUGGAGACCUGCUGUUGGGCUGCGUGGCCUGCACUGCGCUUCCCAGGCACUUUUCUUCCCGGACUUGGCACAGAGGUGCUGUUCUUGACACUUUUCUUCUUGUUUCUUCCUUCCAGAGACUCUUCUCAAGAUGCAACUGCUGCCCCGGCUGUCUCUUGCCGGCAAAGCACCUGGGGAUCCUGGGCUCCGCUUACUGGAGAAGGCUCCUCAGCAAUCCACCAGCCGUGGAAGGUCCCUUCCAACUCUAAGCACUAUGAAACAAUUGCGCGUAUGCAGAGAAGGUUCCCCCCGGGAGACAGCAUCGACCUUUCUUGUGAGAGCUGAGAAAGAGACUUCUGCUCCCUACCUGCUCACAGGGCCACUCUCAGAUGAAGCAAAACUGGGCACGAUGGCGCCCCGGGCAGAGCUGGUGCUGUGGUGCAGAGAGUGCACUCGUGCUGGAGGUGGGACGAGUUCUUGCGGUCUGUGCGUGCAAGCGAGCCCAGAGCCAGGCAGAGAGGAGCGAAAGGUGGGAAAAGGAGCAAAGGCUGCGGAUCCUGCACCCGUGCGAAUGGUAACACCCCCCAGCACUGCUGGCAUCGCCCCUCUGCCCCAUUGCUGCCUUUGCACUGCAGGCUUCCUCCUUCCUGCAGCCCCGUGCCAGGCUUUGCUGCAGGGAAGAAGAGCCGGCCCUCCCCUACCUGCUGUCAGACCUGCUUCACUGGAGAAUCACAAGGAAGACGUGGUGGAAACACCCAAGAUCAAGGCAUUGGCACUAAUUACAAUUAGUCCUGACCAGGCACGGCCACCUGAAAGACAUCCUGCACACAAAGUCUGAUCGCAGCGUGACUGUGACCCUGGCUGUGCCUUCAUCCACUGAAGAGUCCAAAUCAAUGCCAGGGAAGAUCCACCGUAGCACAGCGGUCUGAGGGCCACAGGUGACAAUGCAGGAUGCAGAUAGUUCAGCAAAGAUGCUGUGAGACCAAGUUUACUGAACAAGUCACCCCCAAGGCCAGGGAGAGUGGAAACACUCGCAUGUACAAUGCUGCUGUAACAGAGCUUGGCAAAACCUGCGCACUGGUGUGAAGAGCACUCGGCCCCUCCUGCCACUGGUGGAGAACAAAGCACAGCCCUAGCCACCUCCUUGCACCACAGCCCUAGACACUUUGGCCUCAUACGGCCCCCACAAAUUAGCCCUGCCAGCCAUGUCCUCCAUAAGUCCCACUCACCUUGCCCCCCAUGUGAGUCUCAGCACCUCUGCCCCCCCACCCCCUCGGUGAGUACUGCCCCCUCUGCCCAUAACCCACGUCUUGAUGUUAUAGAAUAAAAUACUUGGUGCGUUCAUCUAGUUUGCAGGCGUCCCAAAGGCCCUUUGUCACAGCACCUGGAGGUUUUCGAUUUACUGCCUUUACUCCAGUUCAAGGCAAGAGUUUUCUUCCCAUUCAGCAUCCUUGCUCAGGG